CCUUUUACUCUCGCAAGCUUGUCUCUCCUUUCACGUCGCUGCUCUUGUUCUUAUCUCUUGUUCUUGAUUUUUGUAGGCUGUAUCUUUUCGAGCGUGUUUCCCAUCAUGGCAGAAAUUGAAACUCCAGCAACACCGGCGUCGCCAGUCUUCCCUGACACUCUGACUUCUGUCACCGCUCUUGCUCGAUUCGAGUUCGAGCCCGGCCGAGGCAACGAAGGAACCAAAGUCUUGAUGGUCGAAUGGCAAGACGAUGACCACGCUCGCUCCAAGUCAGGUAGAUGGCAGGUUUCAUGGUCUGGCAAGCGGACAGUCUUCCCCGCGGACGACAACCCUUCGGACAAUAUCCGUCGAGUCUAUUUUCUCUUGCCUCCUGGUGCGACCAUCCCUCCUCAUGUCACUCUCGCAUAUUAUCCCUUUGCGGAAAAGACCGAGGGUUCAGCCACCCCGUUACGAAUGACGGUGAACCCUUUGCCGGCCAUCUUUACACCGGAACUCGGAGCCACUGCAAAGGCCGCUGGUAAGCGGGGAGUGCUGCAUACGAUAUGGGCCAAGAAGAGAUUACAGGUUCUCGACAAGGAGAUCAAACAUGAGGAGGAGCACAACCUAGAGGGUAUAGCUUUGGAGAUGGCCAGGUCGGAAAAAAGCUGGAUAGAGAACAACUUUGGAGUGGCUGGGAAGCCUCCUGCCCUGGAUUUGACCGCUGCCUCGAAAGCACCUCUUGCACCGACGAGCCCUGGCAUACAGAGCCCACGAUCUCCUGGCGGGAGAAGACUGAGCGAGAAAUUGAAAGGGUUGACGCUCGGGACCAGUGAGAAGGACCUGGCUCCCCGGGGCCUCAACACUCCUACGCGCGAGGUACAUCCGUUAUCACCGGAGGCAUCUGAUCUGGCAUACUCUUCGUUCAGCGCCUUCAGGAAUGGACCCUCACCCGCCUCCACCGCUGCCCCUUCGAAAAAGAUUGUGGCCCAAGCGCCCCCUGAGCACAUCAGAACACAGCAGGAACGAUCAUUAGCAGGCUCGAUGGACUUCAUGACCAAUAAGAAGCCGACAGACUCAACUGAAGAUGAUCUUUUCGCGGUCGCUCUGAGCCCCCGAUCACCCGAGGAUACGAAAAGUCCCUUCUCUUUCUCCAGCGCAGAUUUCGGAGCGUUCGAAAAGUUGAAAGGAGAGCGGUGAAUGAUGACUUUACUUUUUAUGAAUGAAAUGACCUUAUGAACGACAACUAUCAAAACGAUCUGACCAGACGAGCAACUUCCAAUCCAUUGCGACUCGGAUUGUACAAGCCACCACCACAUUCUUCUCAUUCCCUCGAAAGCCGCGGCUUGAACGUUGAUUCCAGUGAUACCCAAGACUCCAAUCCUAACCAUGUAAACCCAAGAAAACACAGCAAAGUCCUUCCCAAACCAUGAAAAAUGCAAACCACGUGCCCUAUCUCUCAUCUAUGCCAGAACCGCGGCAAUCAAAGCCGCAAUACCAAAGCCCGAGCUCACCAAGCGACUGGCAUCACCACUGUAUCGAGUCGUACCAGCAGUUGGGGCCGGCGCAGCCGUACUCGGUGGUGGCGGGGGCACGUUGGUGCCUGCAUUUGUGACCAUGGAGGCAGUAUAGUUUGAGGCAGGGUUCGUUGCAACCGGAGCAAUGGCUGUCUUGGUGCAGCCGCAGUUGUCAUCAUACCAUGUGUAGGUUGUGCCUGAUGUGCCUCCUGUGGCAGCUGCAGUGGGUGCAGGCAUCACCGAUGUCUGAUGGCAUCCGCAGUGUGGAUCCCAGUAUGUGACAGUGACAGUGGGUUCUGCACCAGCAGAGAUCAACGUUGCGUUGGCAGUUGGUGUGUAUGUUGUGAAUGGUGUCGUCGUUGUCACUGGCGGCGCAAUGGUUGUUGGGUCGCUGGUGCUCGAGGUGCUACUGCCUGAACCAGAUCCGACCCCGGCGGCAUUGAUGGCGAAGAGAGGUGAGAAGUUGGAUGAGCCAUCUUGAACGAUGCCAAGGCCAUAGUCGCCGGGGACGAAGCCAUCAGGGACGGUCACGGUCCAGUUGUACUCAGCAGACGAAGCUGGGAUAUUGGCUGCACAAACGGAGAAGUUAGCAUUUCGUGGCGCUUUGGGUUUGUUAGGACCUGGACGUACUAGCUAUAGGAUCGUUCCAGCUAAGAUUGCCGAAGAACAGGGAGACUGGUGAACCAUCUCCCACGGUGAAGUGGAUUGGAACGACUUGUCCGACGGUGACUGGACCCCAAGUCAUGUUGACGAAAUCAGAAGCGAGGGCGGUGGUGGCCAUGGUGCCGACGGCGAUGGCGACGAGACGAAGCAUGGUUACUGGCGCACAGGAUGAAUGAUUGAGAUGAAGUGGUCAAAAGAGUGACAAGGAGAGUUGAGAGACGACGAAGAACAAGACUGGGCAAAAUAAAUGAGUGACUGUGUGUGACUUUGGUUGGAUGCAAAGGGGGUAAGAGAGGGAAAAGAAGAGAGAAAAGUAGAUGGCCGGACACGAUCAACAGCAGUAGGUAUGCGGUGGUCAAAUACUUUAUCGCCAGGACCUUGGACCUUUGGGGGCACGAAUUCGUAUGUUUGUUGUGAAUGUGUUUCUUUGCCUCUGAUUUGAUGUGAUUUGAUGUGAUCCGAAGGAAACAAGAGCAAAAAGAGGUUGUUGUUGGGGGUGCUGACAUUCCAGUCCAUGUUGGUUGUUAUGUUGAGC